UGAAUCACACACCGCACAAAUUUGUCGUGCUGUCAGACGCAAUAGUUCUCUGCCCAUGAACACAUUGAUCAUGCAUUGGAUCACACUGCUCUCCGCAACCACUUUGGGAAUUAUACUGAUUGACGCAAAUGCCGUGUUAAACCCAUCCAUAGUUAGAAUAAACUUUAUCACAGCUAAAAGGCCGCAAAACCGCGUCUUGAUUUCAAAAUGCUGCUCAAGUGGAUUUCAGAGCUGCCAGGAAAAAACAACAACUGCAAACGUGUCUUUGUCUUUUAAAACCACGAAUAUCGUUCUACAAAAAACAACCGUACGUGAGAUGACAUCUAUUCAAUCCAAAGAAAUAACAACUGAAGAACAACAAAUAGCAUCUGAUCAACCUAAUGAAGAAACUGCAGUACCAAUGACGACAGAUCCACCAACUACAAACACGCCCACCAUAAUCACUCCAACUACUACGACCAUGCCCAGCACUGUGCUAUCAGUAAUAGAGUCUUCAACGUCAUCUUCGACCUCUACUGUUAUAACAUCAACCUUAACUACUACAACCUUGCCACCUUGCCUCCCCUUCCAAUGCACUCCCGAUGCGAGCAAACUGGAUGUUGCAACUGGAAAAGUUGAUCCAAAAGCAGUCACAAGUGGAGUUUUGAGAUCUGCCUGUGACAGACUUUACUUGUUUAGCUCAGACUUGAAAAAAUGGACUGAUGCUGCUAGUUUCUGCUGCUCAUUAGGGAUGCAAUUGAUCACGAUAGAGUCGUGGCAACGCAUUACUUGCAUUUCAGAUUUGAUGAACAGUCCUGAAGGUUCCGGAAUAUCUGGCGAGUACCUGACCUCCCUGAGCGAUUAUCAAAAGGAAAGUGAAUUUUUGUGGUGCACCGGGAAUUUAACCCAACUGGGAAAUCUGACAUGGAAAUCUGGUGAGCCGAGCGAUAAAGGGUUGGCUGGAGAAGAGGAAGAUUGCACCUCGAUUCAGGUCUCUGCAGGUUCUAUUAAUAACAACGUGCUGCACGACGUCAGUUGCGAUUCAAGUUUAAAAUACAUUUGCGAGACGCCAUACACAACUACAACAAAGCCGCCCUGCUUGCCGUACACAUGCGAGAAAAAUUCGUCGCUUUUGGACAAGGAGGAAUACAUAAAUCCUAAUGCGCCCAUUAAUGGAGAAUUGAGACUUGCAUGUGGAAGAAUGUAUUUUUUUAGCAACACCGAACAAACAUGGCCAGACGCAGCCGCUGAGUGUUGCAAACGGAACAUGCAACUUUUGAGUAUUGAGAACGCUCAGGAGACGUUGUGCUUGAGCUCAAUGAUCGCCAGGCCCAACUACGGCGGUUUUGCGUCGCGCUGGUGGACCGCUGGAAGUGACGAAUACCACGAAAAAUACUUCGUUUGGUGCACGGCUAGCUCAACAAAAAAUAUCACGUCUGAAUUCAAAUUUGGCGAGGGGCAGCCAGACAACGCUGGGGGCAAUGAAAACUGCAUUGAAUGGGUCGUAGAACCCAACAAUGUUUACUUCAACGACCGCGCGUGCUUGGAUGUAAAAAAUAGAUACAUUUGUGAAACUUACGAACGUUCCAUGCCAAAAUGCCCCAAUGGCAUCUGCCAAACGGAAGCAGCGAAGGUUGAGUUGUCAACAAAGUGGAAAACAAGUGACGAUGGAACCUUCAGACGUGCAUGCGGGAAACAAUAUUUUUUGAGUAAAAUUGUAAAAAGCAAGGCUGAGGCGGAAACCGAGUGUUGCAAAUAUGGGUUGAAGCUGCUCAGUAUUGACAGUUACAAGGAAAUAGAGUGCAUUGCAGAUAUGAACAAAGCGGAAUUCGGAGACUACAAAAAUUCCUACUGGACUUCAGCUUCUAACGAUGGUUUUGGCUGCGAGUUUACGUACGGAUUUUGCGGUUCAAACAAACUCCUUUACCAAAACUUCUCCAACUUUUGGCCAAACGAGCCAUCGCAUCCUUUAUUUGAACGCUGUUUGGAAAUGAAAUUAGACGGCAACCCAGAGAGCAUUCGUUUUGGCGACCUUUCCUGCACUGAGGGCCGCUAUUUCAUUUGUGAAGGUGAUGUUGCAGAUUGCACCCCGACGUGCCCCGAUAAAACAAAUUGCACCAAAGAUAAAACAUUAUUUAACUCAAAGGGAGGUCUCCUUGACACCCACAUUUACGGACGGUAUGGAAGUGGCUGCGGCAAAUCGUUUUUGUUUUCUGCAAACAAGUUAAGUUGGAGCAGGGCUCUAGAAAUGUGUUGCAAAUUAGGAAUGGAGUUGGUUUCGAUUGAGGACGAUGCAAAGAUGAAAUGCAUUUACGAGACCAACGCAAACGAUACCUUGCUGAAACAAACAUCAGAGUUUUGGACAAGUGGAACCCAACAGGAUUGCAACUACAGAUUCAAAUUUUGCUCGUCAGGCGCGUCCAUACUCAGAAAUGACUCAAAAUGGGCACCAAAUGACCCUAAUAACUAUAAUGAAAAUGAAUGGUGUGUUGCGUCUCGAUUUGCACCAACCGAAACUUUGGCGAAAGAUCAAAAUAACCUUUUUGAUCAAGAUUGUAAUGUCGAAUAUAGAUAUAUUUGUGAGAUGCCGGCCAAACCAUGCACAGCAGUCAGCUGUUACGAUUAUAACUGCGUCCCUGACCCGGCCAAAGUGAGCCAGUUUACUGCUAUGAGCGGACCAGAUGGACAGUUUCAAACAUUCUGUGGUCGAAAAUAUUUUCUCCAUACAGAAUCAAAAAAUUACAAAGAAGCCUACGACGAGUGCUGCAAAUAUGGAAUGGAAUUGGUUUCUGUGGAGACAAAUUUUGAAAAAGAAUGCAUUAUAAAAGGCUUUCAGAGUGCCGGUUGGGGUUCGGUUACCUUUUGGACGUCAGGAACUUCAAAUGGAGUUGGGUGUGUUCCAGGAUUUGGGUGGUGCCCCAAAGGAACUCUUUUGAGUGCGGACUCGGUUUGGUUUUCUAAUGAGCCGAGCGCCCCAUAUCAUGAAAACUGCAUAGUGCUCAAUUUCGACGCAAAUGACCUCUCACAAUCAAAGUUCAAUGACGCAGCUUGCUUGAAUGGAGCAAGAUUUCUUUGCGAGGAACGCUCUUGAUGAGUUUAAAAAGAAGAAAAUUAUCAUUUCUUGAAGUUUGAGUUAAAUAUUUGAAAAAAA